CUGGCUGGAGUAUUCCUCCUUAAAAACCCUCUCUGAAAAUGUCAUGUCCCAACAAUGUGACUUCCAACUCGUUUUUGAUGGACUCGUUGGCCGGUACCUGUAGAGGGGAGAAUUAUUCCUCCAGCCAAGGGAUGUACAUGCAGCCUGGGAGCGAUUUCAGCUGCGGAGUCAUGAGGAACUGUGGAAUUAUCCCGUCUCUUUCCAAAAGGGACGAGGUGAAUAGCGCUACCUUGUCUCUCAGCACCUAUCCAUCUUACCUUUCUCAGCUAGACACUUGGUGUGACCCCAAAAAUACGUACAGGAUCGAGCAACCUGUUGCAAGACAGCUCCCAUCCUGCUCCUUCCCAACUAAUGUCAAGGAAGAGAAUGUUUGCUGUAUGUAUAACGCUGAUAAAAGAGCAAAAAAUGCCACAGAGGCAGCCCUCUACCCCAACCAAAUGCCUGAGUCUUGCCUAAAUGACCAUGAAGUCCCCGUUCCUAGCUACUACCGAGCGAGCCAAGGUUACCCCUCCAUGGAGAAGACGUCAAACUGCAGCAAUCCAAAUGAGUUUGAGGCAAGUUUUGAAUCCAGGGCGAGCCUGAACCCAAGGAAUGAGCAUCUGGAACCAGCACCACCACCACCACCUCCUCCUCCUCCUCCGCCUCCCCCGGUGGCUAAAGUGAGUUUCCCCGAAAACACAAAAACAGAUAAUACUCAGAACACAUCCACGAACGAAAUUAAAACAGAAAAAAGCGCCCCAGCACCCAAAAUAAGUCCUUCGGAAGCAGAGAAAGAGCUGAAUAAAAACACUGACACCAGCACUGACAAUUCUGACAAUGAAGCUAAAGAGGAUAUAAAGGCAGAAAACACUACAGGAAAUUGGCUGACAGCAAAGAGCGGAAGAAAGAAAAGGUGUCCUUACACCAAGCACCAGACGCUGGAGCUGGAGAAGGAAUUCUUGUUCAAUAUGUACUUGACCCGUGAGCGCCGCCUGGAGAUUAGUAAGAGCAUUAACCUGACAGACAGACAAGUCAAAAUCUGGUUUCAAAACCGCAGGAUGAAACUCAAGAAAAUGAACAGAGAGAACCGAAUCCGUGAACUGACUUCCAAUUUUAAUUUCACUUGAGUGUGCUCCAGCCCCUGUGCAGGCGAGGGAGAGGGGAGAAAGAGAGAGGAAAAAAAUUAAUAAUAAUUAAAAGCCUUGUGCAGUUUGGGGGGUUAUUUUAUUUUAUUUUAAUAUCCCCCCCCCCCCCCUUUCUUGGGUAUAAAUGCAAUGCGUAUGCAAAAAUUAAAGGACCUCGAAUGAUUUGGGUAUUUACAGUUUGUAGAGAGAAGAGGCAGCGGUAUGAGCAUGAGGAUAUAUAUUGCAUCUGUGUUUCUAUGUAAAAUAAAGAUGGAGAUGGUUGCUAAAAGCCAUCUUAUAAAAUGUUUAAGUUAUUUACGUGCAGCACAAACCAGAAGGACCUUUCUCUAUGCAUUUUACGUUUAGGAUAAUAGAUGCGUCCAAAAGUUUGCUUUUCAUAUUCUAGUGUAGUCUGCCUAUUGUAUAAUAAAAAUGACUAAAAGAUGGAUUUCAUAUAAGUGUCUGUAAAUUAAAGUUGCAGUGGGAACAUGCUCACAUCCUGUAGUUAUGCAGUUUCUCCCAAUGAAGUGAUACUAUCUACCAUAUAUUUAAGAAAAAAAAAAAAAAAUUAAAAAAUAAA